AUGACAUUUGGUCCACCCUGUAUUAUCUUUAGUUCCGGUUGGGACAACUUUUUUCGCAGUCCCGAUCCAGACGUUGGAAAUGUAUCUUGGGAACAAGUACUACAAAAUGGAUCAAUAAGUGGUGGUCCUUCAUAUGCUAGUCAAGUUGAUGCUUAUAAUUCAAUAUCAUUAAGAACAACAACAACAGCGGCAGCAAACUUAACAGAAAAUGUUGACCUUCGUCGUCAAAGUAUAAAACAUUUGAGUGGAAUGAUUAAAUGUGCUCCCCAAGACACUGAACAAAUUACAGAUGCAGUCAUUCUUGACUAUAUUCCUGGACUUCCAGCUUAUAUACUUUUAAUGUCUAUUCGAUACAUUGAUUUUGUUGAUGAUGAAGCACAUGUUGCUGGAUUUUUAUCUGCUAGAAAUGAAGAUAUUGAUUAUCCAAUACUAUCGAUAACAAAUACAGUUCGAUAUCUUCAUAGAUUACAACAAUAUAGUGCUAAAGAAAAAUAUCAAGCAACAAAUACUCCAAAACAAAAUGAACAAGCAUUAAGAAAUUUUGAUCUAACUGAUAAUAAAACUAUUUUUGCUGAUCUUGUUAUUCAUUUAUAUGAUGAAAUUCUCAAAAAGAAUUAA